AUGGAGCUGUCCUGCGCGACAUUCGCCAAGGGUGACCCCGAGUACGAAGCCGUUAGGAGUAAGGUGGUUUGGAAUGGACACAAGCCUGAACGCUAUCCGGACAUCAUCGUCCAGCCGAAGGAUACAGAAGAUGUCAUCGCUGUGGUCAAGUAUGCCUGGCAAAAAGGCAUGAAGAUCGGCAUUCGUUCAGGGGGACAUUCCUGGACCGCCAGUUUUCUCAGGGAUGGUGGCAUGCUGAUUGAUGUGUCUCGACUGAACGACAUCACCGUUGAUCCUGAUGCCGGAACGGCCACUGUCGGUCCUGGGACUUUUGGCGGCAGCUUGAAUGCAAGGCUCAAGGAACACGGUUACAUGUUCCCUGGCGGCCACUGUCCGACCGUCGGCCUGGGAGGCUACCUUCUGCAAGGAGGGUUUGGCUGGAACUCUCGACUCUACGGCAUGGGCUGCGAGAACGUACUUGCGGUUGACGUGGUCCUUCCAGAUGGAACCUUGGUCCACGCCGAUGAGAACGAGCACUCCGACCUGUACUGGGCAGCACGAGGCGCAGGACAUGGAUUCUUCGGCGUCAUUACCCGAUUUCGUCUUCGAUGUCACCCCCUGCCGAGGGCCAUUAUGAAUAGCUGCUUCUGGGUUUCAACCGAUCACCUGAAUGAGCUGAUAUCGUCUCUUGAUGGCGCCAAGGACUCCUUCCCUCGCCAUCUCGAAGUGUCCAUGUUUAUUGGUCACGACCAACAAGGGUUUCCAGGGCUGAGCGCACUGGUGCGAGCCGACGCUCUAGCUGCAACCCGCGCAGAGGCACGCUCAGCCUUGGAGACUGUACACCGCCUGCCAGUCCUGUCGAACUCAUUAAAGGCAGAGAUCUUCCGUGACGGGGAUCUCGACGUCCUUCUGGACACCGUCGGGGGUGUGCUCGAAGUUGGACAUCCCGAAAUUGUCGCCGACAACACAUGGAUGAACGCGCCAAUUCGGACCGUACUACCGCAGCUGCGUGAGAUGAUAGCUGCUCUGGGUCCUGCACCGUCACAUCUGUAUUUUCUGUACUGGAAUCGCAAAGAACACAAGCUACCCGACAUGGCUUUCUCUCUGGAAGGAAAUGUGUACAUCACGUAUUUUGCAUACUACACAGAUCCAGCAGAGCAUGAGGAAUGGGCCAAGAUUAUCGCCGAGGGCAUUGCUUCCGUGGCAGACGUCGGAGUGGGUUCACAGUUGUCGGAUGAAAACCUCCUGAAGAGGCCCGCGCGAUUCAUGGCAGCGGAAAACUUUAAGCGCCUCGAAACCAUUCGUCGCAAGUAUGACCCUACGCGCAGGUUUCACGGCUUCAUGGGAUUGGCCGAGGAGUAUAAGAGAUUGGAAGCAUAA